AUGUUUCGCAACGGAGUAGCGAAGCUCUACACCCGCCAAGUCAUACCGAAACAGAGAAUCGAGGCUUGUAAUGUUGCUCAUGCGACCCCAACUCUAGUCUGUCGACGUCUUCCGAAUCGUGCGCGGAGCUUACAUCAAGCUCGCUCGAUACAAACGCACUCUUCCUUCGAGCCCCUACGUCCUCCCUCACCCUCGUCGUUAGGCAAGCCGCAAGCGGCGCGAGACUUCAAACGGAGUCGGAAAUGGGGUCGGCGGCUGUUGAUAUUCUCCGCUAUAACCGGCACCAUCUAUGUUAUAGAUAACCAAGCGUUCGCCGCCGGCAUCAGACGGUCCCUAUUCACCUUCGGUACGGGUCUCUGGGUCGCCCUCGACUAUAAGAUCAACUUCCGCCCCGAGCCGCUUACCGGUGGCACGAUCGAGGAUCUGCACAUGCGCAGUGCCGAGAAACUAUUUCACUUGCUGCGCUCCAAUGGGGGUCUCUACCUUAAGAUCGGCCAAGCCAUUGCUAUGCAAAGCGCCGUCAUGCCACCCGAAUUUCAGAAGAUGUUUUCGAGGAUGUUCGACGAUGCCCCGCAGGACGAGUGGAAAGAUGUCGAGAAGGUUGUUCGGAAGGACUUUGGCGGAAAGAGUGUUGAGGAGGUCUUCGGCGUCAGUUUCACUGGUGAAGAGGGUAAAGGGCUCAUGGAGCGUAGGGCGAGAGCUAGUGCCAGUGUCGCACAAGUACAUUGGGCUAGACUUCCGGAUGGAAGAGAGGUUGCGAUUAAGCUACAGAAGCCCGAGAUUGCCAAGCAAGUGGGGUGGGAUCUCUGGGCCUUUAAAGUCGUGAUGCGGAUUUACACAUGGUGGUUUGACCUCCCUCUAUACAGCUUAGUUCCGUAUAUCACCGAACGGCUAAUGCUUGAGACGGAUUUCGAAGAAGAAGCCAAGAAUUCGGAGAUGAUGCGAAGUCUCGUCAACUCGGAACCCAGUCUUAAAGGCAGGGUAUACAUCCCCCAAGUCUACUCAGAAUUCACGACAAGAAGAGUCCUAGUUACUGAGUGGAUCGAAGGAGUCCGUCUUUGGGAUAAAGAUGCAACGGGUGGUCGAUGGCUAGGGGGCUCUGGCGUUGGGUCCCCUGGGGUCCACGGUGCCCAGUUACACUUCGGCCCAUCGGACAUGGCGGCUGCUCGUCAAGAACUGCGAGUAAACCCAAUGAAAGAAAGCCUAAAGCCCGAUCGAGAGACCUGGAAAGGACGGACAGGAAAGGCUGAACUAGUUCUGAUCGACCACGGGCUUUACGUUUACAUGACCCCUAAAUUCCGACACCAAUAUGCACUUCUCUGGAAAUCGCUUUUAACCUUCGAUAACAAGACAAUAGCCGAUGUCACAGCGCAGUGGGGUAUCAAAGCACCUGAUCUAUUUGCGAGCGCGACGUUAUUGCGCCCUUACGAAGGAGGCGACCAAACCACUCGUAGUAAGAUCAUGAAGCAGCUUGAGGGCAAGACGCCGUCGGAGCGGCACUAUGAGGCUCAACGAAUGAUGAAGCAAGGCAUUCGCGAGGUACUAUCGGACGAGGAAAAGUGGCCUCAAGAACUUGUCUUUAUCGGUCGGAAUAUGCGUAUCGUCCAGGGCAACAACCAAUUUAUGGGAUCUCCUGUCAAUCGUGUUAAGAUAAUGGGCAACUGGGCGAGCCGGAGCUUGUUCCAAGACCCGAAUCUACCUUUUAGGGAUCGCAUGUUCAACGCAUGGCGACAUCUUUUAUUCAAGACCAUCUUGUUCGCGACAGAUGUAGCAUUCUACACUUUCAAAGUCCGGCAAUGGUUAGGAUUGGGAGGUGGUAUGGAAGAUGAAGUCGAGGCCAGGAUGAGGGAAAUGGCUAAAGAUUAUGGCGUCGAGCUGCAGCAGGUACGUUGA